CUGGAGUUGGACAGGCGCGCUGGACAAGCAACACCGUCCUCCUUCCGGCUAGUAUAAAGAUGGUUGUGAGUUGCAACAAGCCGGACGGGGUCGACUUUGCCGCUCUGCACGCGUCCAUUGCGGCGCUGACUGCGUCGCCCGAGACGACCGAAGCGCUACAGCACAUCACGCACGAGAUGCACGCGAUCGUAACGAGCUUGGCUACUCGCGACUCGGCGCUGCGCCUUCAGGAAGCCCGGGUCGCCAGCCAGCUCGAGCUCCUCUCCAAGCUUCCAUCACCAUGCGGCCACACUGCGUCUCGUCACCAGCAACAGAGCACAACGACGAGCGAGCGAGCCAAGGUCGUCACGCUCAACGUCGGCGGCACGCUCUUCACGACCGCACGCGAGACGCUGCUGCGUACGCGAGGCAGCUACUUCGACGCGAUGCUCUCGUCCGACCACUGGCUACCGAACGAGAAAGGCGAGUACUUCUUGGAUUUGGACCCAAGCACGUUUCCACGUAUCAUGAAGCUUCUCCGAACGGGGUUCUUGCCGUUGGAUGGCCUCUCCGAAGCGGACGAGGCCGAGCUCCGAGAGAUGCUCGACUACCUCCAGAUCGAGUGUCCACAACCGACGCCGUCGGCGCCCCCGGCGGCGCCACUACACAACGUGUACUGGGACCCGCGCCAGUGCUCUGUCUUUCUCAAGCUGCGUGAGCGCGACACCAUUGUGCGUCAGACGACCACCGGCUGGAGCAACGUGCUGGCGACAACUCUUGAAAAGACGUUUGUCGUUCGCGUCCGGCUCGGCGCCAAAAUCGAAGUCGGCUUCUCGACACUCAAGACCUUUUCUCCCCACAUCCACCGCUACGGCAGCGCACCGCGCGGGUAUUACUUCAACUGCGAGACCUACGACGUCUAUUCGCAACUCACGAAACGCGUGCCGAGCGGCCUCGAUCCAAGCACCCCGACUGGCAUUGCAGUUCUUCUACUGCAGCAUGAUCGCGACCGACGCUGCAUCCAGUUCAGCAUCAACGGCACAGCGCUCGCCAUGACGCUGCGGGUCGAAGCCGGUGACGUCGGCGCGUUGUUUCCGAUCGCACGUAUUUCUAGCGCCGGUGCAGAAGUCGAGCUCUUGCCGUUCCAAGUCCCAUUCUAGCCAUGUCCUUGUCGCAUCUGGUCGAAGUCGUCACGUGGAGGACGCCUGGUCAACCGUCUACAAGCGCUCCAUAACUCUCAACAACAUUCUUUCUGGGUAGUCAAUUCCACCCGUAGCCAUUGACGUGGCGAGUCUAAUGCGCGCAAUUGAACACCGCACGCUCGAAGCAAGUGAACUUGUUCUUGUCCAGCAGGAGCUAGUACUCGACUGGUAGACGUUCUUUGAUCAACAAAGAGCUUUUAGCAAUGGCUAGUCUCGUUCGAUUAAACAAACACCGCCAGCGAAAAGCAACGACG